AUGCCAGGGCCUUCGUCAUCCGACUACUCCGACAGCCGGGAGUUUAUCGAUUUGUCACGUGCCUUGGCGCUCUUAACAAGGCUCCAGCUUGAAGGGACUCAAGGGUGCCCUGCGAACCGGCGAAGGUGGCUGAACCGAGAUCUGAAGAUGCAGCAGUGGUUCGCGCGCAUCGCCAAGCGCGAGAAGCCCAUGCUCUUCAUCACAGAGAUGCUGCUGGAGCCAGGCCUCGAUAAGUUCAUCGUGGAUUUGCUGCUGCGCCGCGGCAACGACAUGGCCCUGCGGACCAUGUUGGACUACUGGGUCCACACAGAGGGCUCCUUUGCCUCCGUGUUCGGCUCCUUCUCAAAGAAGCCAGGAAUCGAACGGGCGCUGGCGCGAGUGGUGAUCAGCCCCGGCUUUCUGGAUGGCUUCGUGUUCAGGAAGUUUUUGUGGCAAGAAGGGCUCGGUGACUUAGCACUGGAAGCUGCCACCUUGGUCGGAGUUCGCGGCCUUGUGGACAACGUGCUGCCCUUGCUUUCUGCAAUUCUUUUGGCCGUCUUGGUCUUGUCUGUGCAAGGCUUCAUCACCGAGUUCGAUCAGCCUUU